AGUAGUAACUUUAUCCGCGGUAGAUUGCGUCACAAUCGGGUUACCGUAAAGAGCAAUGAAGACCGUGCAAGUAUAUUUUGGUGCGGAAGGCGUGACCGCAGUCUUCCAGCGGAGUCCUGACAUCCUGCCUUCUUGAACAACCUACGUCAAUACCGAUACGGACUAUUAAAGCAAGUGGCAACCAAAUACAUUCCAAUAAUGUAUCAUCUCGGUCACACUUAAGUGAAAUGUGUUCGUGAAUUGUAGCUGCUGUCUACCGAGACAUGAAUAAGAUGGUGGCCACAUACUUCCUGUACUUCCGCUCGAUCCCCAAACUCAAUUGAACGAGACAGUGGGGACAAUUGGGACGACAUCACGUGACCAAGUGUAACAGCCAAGAAAUGAGACUUUUGGAACAUUUAUUAGCGAGGGAGCUGGCUAUCCUCAGUCAAUAGCUACAGUCUUAAAUACAGUUGACUUAUACGGGAUAUAUUAUGCAAAAUCUUUAUGCAUAAUACUUUUUAUGCUAAAUGUUUUCGUUUGAAGAUGUAAAGACAUUUUCCCAAAAUGCUUCCAAUACAUAAUUAAUUCGUAUUUCAAAUGUUUAGUUAAAUAUUCAAUGUUUAGCGCUUGCUAAAAGUCCAAAACACGAGCGUGGCAUUAGAUUGGGACGUAUUGAGCAUCAUAAACAUAUAGCCCCCGAAUCUCUUGAUCAUUAAUUUUAAAAUCUGCAAAUGCACUUGAUUAUGCACUACUAUGUGUAAGUAGGCAAUGUAAAGCUAACUCAUCUUUGUGGUUUUUCCGGGCUGACGUACAGUGGAACAUCGAGCAGCCAAUCACCAGGAGGGAUUCAAAACGGAACCAUUGAGAUCCUCGUUUUAUUUAAUUCCGGCAGCUCACCGGCCAAUCGCGAAACCCCAUGUGGACACUUGUUACUCUGUACCUGUCAAGUUGUGGUUGGUCGGCAUCCAUGAAAGUGGCCGUUUUAUUUGAAACAUAUCCGCUCUGUCUGGAACCAAUAAAAUAAACUCCGUGGCUGAACAAUGCAUUUAAUAAACCCGCUCCGCAUGCACAUCUUUAUAAGAUUGUUCAUGGUGAUCUGUAUUGCAUUACAAUGCGAUUGUCGAGAAACUGAAUUCAACUAUGUCACCUGCGGUUCCUUAUUGAAAUUACUCAACACACGGCACAACGUUAGACUCCACUCCCAUGAUGUCAAAUACGGCUCAGGGAGUGGGCAGCAGUCGGUCACUGGAGUGGAGAGUGCAGAUGAUGCCAACAGUUACUGGCGCAUCGGGGCACGGUCUGGGGAGAUCUGCCAGCGGGGAGUGCCCGUGCAGUGCGGGCAAGCCAUCCGGAUCACCCACGCCAACACCGGGCGCAACCUCCACACACACCACUUUGUGUCUCCCCUGUCAGGCAACCAGGUAACGCGUUGCAACCAGGAAGUGAGUGCGUUCGGGGAGAACGGGGAAGGAGACGACCUGGACGUGUGGACGGUGCAGUGCAGCGGGACUCACUGGGGGCGGGGCGAGGCGGUGUGCUUCAAACACCCGGGAACCAAUGUGUUCCUCAGCAUCACUGGAGAACAGUACGGUCAUCCAAUCAGAGGCCAGCGCGAGGUCCACGGCAUGCACACCGCCAAUCACAACAGCUACUGGAAAGCCAUGGAGGGCGUGUUCAUCAAGACCAGCGUUCAGCUGCCGAGGCACGAUGAGCUCUGACGACUGCUGCUGCUGCUGCUGCUGCUGCUUCCUUUAUUUAUUUAUUCUGCACUUUUUCUUCAUUACAAAUUGUCCUGAACAUGUGAAUAUUUCCUGUGAUUUCCAGCUUGCACAGGCACACUUUGGUUUCAAAGCCAUAUUGAGGACCAUUGCAUAUAAAGCCCUAUUCCAGGGGUGGCCAACCCAGGUCCUGGGGAGUCACAGGGUCUGCUGGUUUUUGUUUUUACUCGGCACUUAAUUGAUCAAUAAAGCAGUUAAUUACACAGUUAACUCACCUCACCUGGUUUCUUCAGUCUAAGCGGUUGGUGUAUUUAUGGUGAAAACAAAAACCAGCAGACCCUGCGGCUCCCCAGGACCAGG